UGGCGGAGGAACAUUUCCACAUUUCUACAGGAUGUGCUCGCUUCUCUGGCACUUUCACGCCGUGUCUGACGGGGAUUACCUGCCUUUCCAAACUAGCAUGGUGGGAGGACAGUAACACUGAGGGAAGAUGUGCCAGCGGUCGUGGCUUUCCAAAUGGCUGAGAAUCGGCAUUGGUGUCCUCGUAGUCGUAGCUUCCAGUUGCGGCGAGAACCCAGAUGACUGGCAGUAUGAAGACUGCAAGCUCUCCAGAACCGGGCCACCAGCCACCAUAGUAGCCAUAGAUGAAGAGAGUCCUAAUGGGACCGUCCUGGUAGAGAACAUGCAAAUCAACGGCCGUGCAGAAAGCCCUAACAGAACCAUCUCCUUAUCUCUGAGAGACAACUAUGACCACUGGGUGAUCCUGGACCCUGUCAAACAACGGCUUUAUCUUAACAGCACUGGGCGAGUUCUGGACCGGGAUCCUCCUUCCUUCAUGCAGUCCAUUGUGGUGCAGGUCCAGUGCACCAAUGAGUUGGUCGGUACAGUGAUUCUUCAUGAGGUGCGGAUCGUUGUGAGGGAUCGUAAUGACAACGCUCCUCGUUUCCAGCAGCCACGGUACUAUGUGGCUAUAAACGAGCUCACUCCUGCUGGGACCACCAUCUUCUCAGGCUUCACGGGGAACAAUGGUGCUGUUGAUAUUGACGAUGGACCAAACGGACAAAUCGAGUACACUAUCCAGUACAACCCUAAUGACCCGACUGCUAGCAGAACCUUUGACAUCCCGCUCACCCUGUCUGGCUCUGUGGUGCUGAGAGAGAGACUGAACUAUGAAGAGAUCACACGCUACCUGGUCAUCAUCCAGGCCAAUGACCGAGCUCCUGACCCUAAAGUGCGACUGACUGCCACUACAACUCUGACGGUGGAUGUGCUGGAUGGAGAUGACCUGGGCCCCAUGUUCCUGCCCUGCAGCUUGGUUGAAAACACUCGUGACUGCAAACCGCUGACUUACAGAGCCACCGUCCUGGAGCUUGCAGACCCAAGCAAAGCGAACCCAGUGAACGUGACUCCUCCGAUCCAGGCUGUGGAUCAGGACAGAAACAUCCAGCCGCCGUCCGAACGCCCGGGAAUCCUCUACUCCAUCCUCAUUGGAAAGCCUGCAUUCUACGCUGAGUACUUCUCACUAAACAGCAGCACAGCCGAGCUCAGACUCCUGCAGCCGAUCAGCCGCGAGCAGCACCAGAGAUUCGACUUGAUAAUCAAGGCAGAACAAGACAACGGACAUCCGCUCCCAGCCUUCGCCAAUCUCAACAUCGAGGUACUGGAUGAAAAUGACCAGGAGCCAUAUUUCCAGGCAAACUUCUACCAAGGCUUCAUCCUCGAAUCAGCUUCAGUUGGCACCACAAUCUCCAGCAACACCAGCCUCUCCUCACCUCUAACCAUCAUCGCUCUGGAUAAGGACACGGACGAGACCAAAGAUCCCAUGGUGCGAAUCUCCCUGGACAACUACGAAAGCAUCUUUGCGGUGACGCCCAGUGGGAUUGCGCGCUACCUGACACUCCUAAAGUCUGUGGACCGUGAAGAGCAGAAGAGUUACAGCUUCACAAUGAUGGCCUCCGAUGGGGUGCACCAGAGCUCACCAGUUGCAGUUAAUAUCACAGUGAUUGAUGCCAACGACAACACGCCAACCUUCCCCAACAUCUCCUACAGCAUCAGUGUUUACACAGACAUGCGGGCCGGAGAAGUGGUAUUAUGGCCCAUAGCUUCUGAUAAAGAUGAGGGUCCCAACGGUCUGAUAAGCUACAGCAUUGUGGCAGGAUCUCGGGGCCACUUCGUCAUGGAUAACCAAACAGGACUGAUCAGCGUGGCACCCGGAGUCAACCUAACAGUGGGCAGCUCGUAUGCCCUCACUGUCAAGGCAACAGAUAACGCAGCUAUUGACCAGAGAAGGAGCUCCAUCACCACCGUGUAUAUUGAGGUGUUGCCACCCAACAACCAGAGCCCUCCACGCUUCCCCCAGCUCGUCUACAGCCUGGAGAUCAGCGAAGCUAAGAGGAGCGGAGCCACGCUGCUCAACCUGCAGGCAACAGACCGAGAAAAAGAUCCCAUUAUGUACAGCAUCCUCAGCGGAGAUCCUGAUAACAUCUUUGAACUCAAUCAAACGUCGGGACUCUUCCUGCUGGGAAAGAUGCUGGACAGAGAGCGCACGGAUCGCUACACACUGAUCGUUUCUGCCUCCGAUGGCAGGCCGGAUGGGACCUCAACUGCCAAGGUUAACAUCCUGGUGACUGAUGUGAACGAUAACGAUCCUACAUUUGAUCUUUUGCUGCCUCAAAAUCUCACUGUUGUGGAAGAGCAGGCCAACACUUUUGUUGGUCAAGUAAAGGCCACGGAUCCUGACUCCGGAGUAAACGGACAGGUGCGUUACAGGCUGCUGAGCCACGCUGAACUCUUCCGAAUCAGUGCAGAUGGAGGCAUCUGUACAGAGGUGGCUCUAGACAGAGAGCAGAGGGAGCAUUAUGAGCUGGUGGUGGAGGCGUGGGAUGAGGCGCUGGACCCCCGCAGAUCUUCUAUCACACUCUCCGUCACAGUGUUGGACAUAAACGAUAACAGUCCAGUCUUCUCCCAGCCAUCCUAUAGCGUCAAUCUGCCCGAGAACAGCCCACCACACAUGGGCAUCCUUAACCUUACAGCUCUAGACGCAGACCUGAACUCAAACAUCACCUACCGAAUCAGGACACCAGAGGCCAUGAAGCUCUUUGAUCUAAACCCUGUUACAGGAGAGCUGAAGGUGCUGCACACGCUGGACUUUGAGAAGCUUUCUCCUGAGGAGACCAUACACACCUUCGUAGUGGAGGCAGUGGACGGCUCUGGCACCAUGCCACCUGGUUCAGCCACCGUUACCGUCACCAUCACCGACAUGAAUGAUUUUUCACCCGUCUUCAGUCAACCCCUGUAUCAAGGCAUGGUGGCACCCAAUGCAGUCAAAGGAACCAUCGUGACCAGCGUGCAGGCUGCUGACCAGGACACUGUGGGCAAAGCAGCUAAUCGAGUGAACUACAAACUGGAUGUGGAGCAGUUCCCCUACAGUGCCAGCAUCUUCGAAGUAGAGGAGAACACAGGCAAUAUUCUCACCAGGGUCAAUCUCAAUGAGGACCCCAACACCAAAUUCACUCUCAUGAUUAUUGCUUAUGAUGACGGGCAGCCACAGAAGUCCAAUAAGACCUUGGUGGAAAUUACCGUCCUGCAGCCCUCUGCCAUUCCCAUCUUCACUCAGGAGGAGUACAGGUUUCCACCAGUCAGUGAGAAAGCUCCUCCAGGGAAGGUGGUCGGAGUCAUCCUGGCUUCUGCCAUAAAUCAGAGCAUCGUCUACUCCAUCAUUGAAGGGAAUGAAGGCGGAGAUUUCAGCCUCAACAACCAGACCGGAGAGAUCUACACAGCUAAGCACCUUGACUUUGAGAAAAACAACAGCUACAUGCUGCGCGUGGAGGCCAACUCCAUGAGAGUGAUCUCAUCCAACCUGCGGGCUCCUGCAAAAAGUAACACAGCCAAGGUGUUCAUCGAGGUUCAAGAUGAAAACGACCACCCACCUAUUUUCACUAAACCGUUCUACCUGGCCGGGGUCACCGAGGACGCUAAGACAUUCACAUCUAUCCUGCAGGUUGAGGCUGUGGAUAAAGACACAGGAAAUUAUAGUGUCAUGAAGUACCGGCUUAUCAUUCCUCCGUCACCAGAGGGGAAAGACAGCUUUGUGAUCGAGCCGUACACGGGCGUCAUUAAGACUGCCAUCAUGUACCGCAACAUGCGCCGCUCCUACUUCAGAUUCGAAGUCGUCGCCACUGACAACUACGGAGAAGGCCUGAGCAGCACAGCGCAAGUGGUGGUGUCUGUGGUCAAUCAGCUGGAUAUGCAGGUGGUGGUGUUCAACGUGCCCCCGACUGCGGUGGAGCAGAACAAGAAGCAGCUGAUGGGUAUCCUAGAGCACUAUGUUCAGGACCAAAUCCCGGGUGCCAUAGUGGUGGUGGAAUCCAUUGGGCCACGGCGGUUUGGAGAAACCUAUGAACAGGAUGACUACUCCAGCUCAGACCUCAUGGUGUACGCCAUUGACCCUCUGACCAACAGGGCUAUCUCCAGACAGGAGUUAUUCAAGUUUCUGGAUGGAAAGUUACUGGACAUAAAUAAGGCGUUCCAGCCGUACCUGGGCAGGGGAGGCAGAAUCCUGGAGAUCCGCACACCUGACAUUGUGCAGAGUGUGAAGAAAGCCGUGCAGUCUUUGGGUUACACAGAAGGAGCGCUGCUGGCUCUCGCUGUCAUCAUAGUUCUUUUCUGCAUCCCAGCCAUCCUCAUUGUCAUCAUCACAUACCGACAAUUUAAAGAACGACAAGCUGAAUGUGCCAAAACCGCCAGGAUCCAAAUGGCUCUCCCAGCUGGCAAACCCGGAGGCAUUGCUGCUAGCAAUCUGUAUGAGGAACUAGGCGACAACACCAUGAGAGGGUACGGACAUCAAGAGCAACAACAGUUGCUUCGGCCCUCUCUCUUGAGACCGGAGGAACUAUCUAUGGAAUCAGGCAUUGACCCAGGGCAGGACUAUUAUACGCAGGAUUACUAUAAUUACGACCACGGAUAUGACUUGCCUCAGUAUGGCAGUCGCAGGAAGCUGAUAUCUCCAGCAGGAACAUACGAUGAGUACGGCGAGGUGAUUGUCGAGGAUGAUGGCAGCUAUUAUUACAGUCCUCAUGAAUCAGAAGGAGAGUUUGGUAGAAAGAAGAGAAUCAAGUUGGUCGUGGAUCGUGAGUAUGAGACCAGUUCAACUGGAGAUGAAAGUGCUCCAGAGUCCAACAGAAACCGACUGUCCGGCGUUAACAGCCAUAGUAACAUCAACGGCAGCAUCUACUUGGCUCAAAAUGGUUCCAUCAUCCGAACACGCCGAGCCACCCACACGACCAAUAUCAAAUUUAGCUCUCCUGUCCGGCUUGGAAAGCACUUCAAAAAACUGGACAAAUUGGCUGUGACUCAGGAGGAGAGAGUUCCCCUGAACAGCCCUGGUGCCUUGGGUGCCGCUGCAGGCGAACAGAACAUUAUCCCCAGGCCCUCCAGUGGGUCCUUGGCCUCCGGCUCUAUAGGACCGGAAAGCAUAGCUUGCAAAUAUAAUGUGGCAACAGCCAGAUCUGAAAUAACACAAAGUGUGGACGAGCAAGAGUCCACUGUAGACAAUGCAGAGGUGAGGGAGGUGUUAGGGUCGCACAGUGACCGCACACAGUCCGACGAGGAAGAACUAUGGAUGGGGCCUUGGAAUAACCUGCACAUACCAAUGACAAAACUGUGACAUGUCUUGUAAUAUAAUCCCUUACAUGUUCAUUUGUAUUGUAUUAAUAAAAGAAAAAAAUACUGAAUUUGCAGCUUUACAAUGAAAUUGCACUUUGAUUCUGUGUUUUUUGCUUUCUGAAACAUGGCCAGUGAGCUUGCAUCAUGACUAUCCAAGUCCUGAACAACCAACACACUGGUGAUUCUGGAUUUCUCUUUGUUCAUUUGAAAGAAUCUUUCAGUUACCAGUACACUGUUGAAUCUCUUUGGAUUUUUUUAUUACAUUUCUAUGGGUUCUAUGAGUUCGAUGCAGGGUUGUCUCAAGCGGCGUACAGGAGCCCAGGGUGAAUUUUUUGUUGCGUGACCCAGUCUGAGGGAAUUGUGCGUACAAAUAAACAUAUACACCAGUAUACAGAUUACAGCAUAGCAAAUGACGUACUGCACCCUUCAAAAGCCGGCCGCCGAGUCGGAUCUUUGGCUCAGAUUUAAAUGGAGGGCAGGAGGCAAGCGUCUGGCUCUGUAAUGUGGGAUUAAAUUCUAA